AUGUCUGAUCAUGUUGUUAUUGCUGGAGCCGGUGUUAUUGGCUUGACUAUUGCCUGUCAAUUGCUGCUCGAGAUCCAGGAGAAGUCAAAACCGCGGUUGCAAAGCUUGACUAUUAUGGCCCGCAAUUUCCCCAACGACCAGCCAUUGACCCAUGAGUAUACUUCACCUUGGGCUGGUGCACAUUUCAGGCCGUUCCCACACAGGCCAGAGAGCUACGAAAGCGAUUUGAGGGAAUCCGGCUAUACAAGAGUCACGUACAAGUUCUUCCAGGAGUACGCCAAACAGCACCCAGAAUCAACAAUCGAGUUUAUGAAGGGCUACGAUUGGCUUCAGGAACCUACUGCUGAGUAUCUGAACCUUGGACCGGGCUACACUAGAGAAUCACUCAAAAAUUUCGUGUACCCAAGCAAGGAACCGCUCCCCGAAGGCCUCAAAUACGUAGCUGAGUACAUUACUUGGUGCUUGAAUGCACCAGAGUACUUAAAGUUUCUGCAGACCCAAGUCGAGCAACUUUCAUUAAGAUUAGAUAUCCCGCUUGAGUUUUCGAGACUGACUCUGACCUCUUUAAAAGACGCCAAGAAGUGGUUCCCCAAAACGAACGUGUUAUUCAAUGCAACAGGUACUGGUUUGAGCUACUCGGGCGGUUACGACCCACUUUCCGUCCCUAUUAGAGGUCAAACUGUUCUCUUGAAUGUGCCAAAUCCCAAAACCAUACGUUACGCCAACGCAACUAUCACUCACCAGGGCAAGGACGGAUUAUGGACCUUCGUGAUCAAGAGACCAGCAAUCAAUGGUGACCCACAGUACAUCCUCGGGGGUACCAAGCAACCGGGCGACGAUCUAAUCAUUCCUAGAGAGUCAGACACCCAAGCACUUCUUGCUCGAGCACGUAAGCUAUUCCCAGACCUCAUGUUCCCAGACAAGACCUUCGACGUCGUUAGAACCAACGUCGGAUUCAGACCAGCAAGAACAGGCGGAAGCAGAGUCGAAUUAGAGACAUGUCCGGAUCUAAAAAUCGUACACGCCUACGGCUUUGGAGGUAUGGGCUACGAAGUAUCCGUUGGUGCCGCUAAGCAUGCCAUUGAGCUCUACAGAUUCAGGCCUAGCAAGCUGUAG